AGCACGAGGAAGCAGUAGGCAUUCCAUUUGCUCCUCACAGUUACCUUCAGCUACCCUCCGCUUCUGACAAUACGAGGAACCAUCAUCGAUGGAUUCCGACACUGCAGGAGGAUCAUUAGGAGGGUACGACAAGAAGUGGCUCCUGUCUCUCGUGCUGUACCUGAUCGGAGUCAGCGUACCCACCAUGCUCCUACCCACCAUAUUACAAGACAGUGAGCCUAGCGCUGUUACGCAUUGCGCCAUCGCCAUGAUGGUCAUGUAUGCCACCAACGUGAUCCCCAUGCAAAUGACUGCCAUCCUGCCGGUCAUGUUCCUCUCCUCCGCUUCCAUGGGGCAGAAUACAAUUGCGCCGAGUUACUUUUCUGCACCCAUACUUCAAGUACUCUCAGCCAUGAUCGUUGUUGUUUCCAUGGAGUCCACCACCUUGUACUCCCGCUGCGCCUUUCAAGUAGUGCAGAUGGUGGGCGCCCGAGCUCGGUCUCUCCUCUUCAGCUUGGCGGGAAUGUCUUUCAUGGCCGCGUUGCUCUUCGAGUCCCUGUCGGGCAUGCUUGUCCUGUUCUCGGUGUGUCGGAGCAUCGUCACAGUGCUCAAGAUGGACGAAGUCCAGCGUGUGCAACGGAAGGUUCUCUUUCAGUCCGCCACACAGAACAUGCCACCGAGGCUGCGCAAGAACCUUCAGGACUAUGUGUUGUGCGAAGAAUGCGCUUUGACCGAGGUCGACGCGGUGGAGAUGCCGUGCGGCAUGAAUGAAAUGAUGUGCGACGCGCAAGAAAUGCCGUGCGAAGUGCCAGGCUCAAAGGCGCCAGAGACCGUGCCGGUUACGCCUGUUGAGGCUGUUCCUGAGAUUCAAAUCCCGCCUGUUGCCGUGCAGACUAGUAGUGGGCAGGGUGAAGGCCGUCACGACAAGCCCAAUGAACAUAGUGUGACACCACUCCACAACGAGGCACUACAGCAAAAUGAAGCACCGCGUCAAAGUGGGGCACCUCACCACAAUGAAGCACGACAGGGUGACAACGAUUUUGUAGCUUCGAGAAAACGGAAGGUUCGAGAUGGCCGAAGAAAUCAGAAGCGUGACAAGCACGCAGAAGCUGCUCCCUCAGCAUCAUCAAGUCCCAGUUCCAGUCAAAGAUCAGAUGCGGUGCGUGCGAAACUUGAUGCCGCUGCAGACGGGACUCCAUCAAAGAAGCGUCGGGAAGGAAACAAGGUGAAGGCGGAGAAGCGCGUUGGAGAGAUAGAUCCUCCACCACGUAAGCCAUCCUCGGCGAUGUCUCCCAGGGAAAAAGCACCGGCGGUUCCCGGUCUGAAACCAGCUCUGGUUCAGACAAAGUCGAACGUCACUGGUCCAGUCGAGGUCCAGUGGUGUGUCCCGCCGACAGAGACUCACUCAGAAAGUAAGCAAGAGAGACGCGCAGCAAAGAGUGAGAGGUCUACGCCUUCAAGCCCUAGCUCUCCAGUUCGUAGCGGAUGCGCUACUCCACUAGAGGAGGUUGCGAGCCUAUUUACGGCGGCAGAGACGAUGCUUCCUUCGUCGUUUGAAUCACUGGGGGGAAGAUCGAAACGAAAGACUUGCAUCUCAUUUGAUAUCAGCACGGCACCGUCCCCGACGCGCAAGAAACGCCCUCCAUCGCGACACUGUCCAGAGUUUCUCGAGACUUACGUGAAGGAAAGCGAAGUUUUGAACAGCAUUGUAUCGUGGAAACCUUCCCGCUACGUCAUCAUUCAGGGUCACCUCAUGUACGGCAUAGUUCUCCUCAAUGUUGCUGUUUCAAUUAUUCUCACGAGUCCUUCCAACACUUUCUUCUUCGAGUAUGCAAAUCGAACAUUCAAGGGAUCUGGUAUCCACCGUGCGAAAUGGCUGCUGUUGUCUGUCCCUACUGCCCUGUCAGCCAUGGCUGCGGCCGUGCCCUGUCUGGAUCGUCAGUUUCUAUCCAAUUUUGACACGAAGCCAGGGCCAGAAGCAGAGAAAGAGAUCCGCGACAUUAUUGCUGACAACGUCGACAUUAUGGGGAAGAUCAAGGGACAGGAGAAGAUACCUCUGGCCUGCUUCGCAAUAUGGCUUCUACGCAUCAGUACCAUCUGGCGUCUUGUGACGGGGGAAUCGAUGUUGCAUUUACCGAUCGACUUCACGAUCGUCGUUAUGUUGUUCCUUGUGCCAGCGUCUGCGAAUGAAGUCAACGAAGAGACUGCGACUAAGAUCAUAUGCAAAUUGCCGUGGGGCACCAUCAUCCUGGCCGGUGGUAUCUCCGGAUUGAAGGCUGGAUGGAGGGAAUUCGUAGCCAGCUACCAGGCGGGUGAGCCACAGUCCACUCUAAUGAGGGAAUUCCUGCGGACGUGCUUCGCCGGUUCCAGCCCCCUGCUCGCGCAGCUCUUCCUGAUUUGCACCUCUUCUAUUUUCACGGAAUUCUUGAGCAGCUUUGGAACUGUCUCCUUUCUGCUACCUGUUGUCACUGAUCUGGCGCGCGAUAUCCCCUGUCACCCGAUGUACCUGGAAGUUCCAUUGACGCUGGCGGCAUCGACGACUCUAAUUCUACCGACGUCCAGCAUAGCUAUGGCACUUCUCUACGACAGCGACUCCAUUGGGCUCUCGCAAACGGUGGUGCCAGGUCUUAUCAUAAAGGCAACGACGGCGGUGGUCAUCGCCUUAACCACCAACCUUAUUGGAGGGUUCCUCUUCCAGUGGAAUCAUCCCAUAGAAAAUAACGCAACAACGUUUGAAAACAAUACUUCACUGCUGGACUCCACUGCGCCUCGCCAUAUGUAAUCCGAUUUCAUUUAUUGUGUCGACGAAUAUUUUAAGGUGCGAAACAUGA